GACUGACACGGCACUCGGCUAUGCGGUCAGCGGUGGCCACGAAGACGUUGUCAAGGAGCUCAUUGCCGCGGGUGCAAAUGUGCACACCAAAGUAUCGCCCCUCUUGCUCGCCGCAAACCGAGGAUAUGUGUCCAUUGCCUCGCGACUGCUUGCAGCCGGCGCCACCGUUUCAAGUGUCGACAAGGAUGGAAAUGGAGUCGUGUUCCAUGCCGCCAAGCAAGGUCACACCGACAUGAUCCAUUUUCUUGUGCGCAAUAAGGCGGAUCCAAACGCGACGUCACCGUCGGGCACGUCGCCGUUGUUUGUCGCCAGCGCGACGGGACGAAUCGACGCGAUCAAAGCCUUGCUCGACGCCGGCGCCCACAUCCGCCACCCUGCAGCGACCCCGUGCCUGCACGCUGCAGUGAAGUUUGACCACUCGGA